GGGGGGCGGGCUAAGGGAGGGACCGUCUCGUGCGCGCCGCGGAGACCCGGGGGCCGAGCCCGGCCCGAGCGGCGCGUGCGGGAGCGAGCCCCCUCUGCAGGCUGCAGCCCCGGCGCGCGGGGCGAUGUCAGUGACGUUUGAGGAUGUGGCCAUGUAUUUCUCCCCAGCGGAGUGGGUGCUGCUGGGCGAGGAGCAAAGGCAACUUUACAAACACGUUAUGUGGGAAAAUUACCAGACUGUGGUCUCAUUAGCAGGAAUCCAAACCCUCAAGCCGGUGGUGAUCUCCAGCAUAGAGCGAGGGGAAGAGCUGUGUGUCCAGGGUCCCACAGAAGAUGAAGAUGGGGACAUCCUGAGAGGCACCCACCCAGAUUUUCCAGAUGCAGAGGAGACCUGGGACUGGUCACUAAUUGAAAGCUGCUUGGGCUUCUUCCUCACACAGAGCUCUUCCCCUGGAGCAGCGGGUGCCAGGACCCUGCGCAGAGCUGAGGGGCAGACUCCUGAGGAAGGGUCUGGCAACCUGGAGCCACUCAGGCCUUUCCCAGGGACAUCAGGGGAGAACCAUUCCCAGAAAACUGAGUGGGAAAGACACCACAAAAGGCAGGACAGGCCACAAAGGCAGAGGAAGAACCUGACCAGGAAGGAGCUAGCAACCCCAGGAAGCCAUCAGAGGAGAUCCAGGUCACAUCUAAAGCUGCCUGAAAAGGGACAAACUGAGCCCAGAAAGAGCCUAUAUACCUGCCGUGUGUGCAGGGAAGAGUUCAAGGUGCAGAAAGACCUGAUAAGCCAUCACUGGACGGUUCAUAGGAGACAGAAUCUCUAUCAAUGUAGCGAGUGUGGGGAGAGCUUCAGGAGAAAGAAGGCAUUCAAAGCACAUGGGAAAACCCACAGAAAGGAGAGAGCCCAUCCCUGUUCUGAGUGUGGGAAGAUAUUCAACCAGUUAUCAUUGCUCACUGCCCACCAGAGAAUACAUACAGGAGAGAGACCCUAUCGCUGUGCUGAGUGCGGAAAAAGAUUCUUCCAAAUAACAGCUCUUACCAUCCACAAGAGAAUCCACUCAGGAGAGAGACCCUAUGCCUGCGGUGAGUGUGGAAAGCGUUUUAUGGAUUCAUCAACAUUUCGUAAUCACCAGAGAAUCCACUCAGAAAAGAGGCCCCAUCACUGUAACCAAUGUGGCAAAGGCUUCAAACUUACAUCAAGUCUUACUAGACACCUGAAAAUCCACAGCGGAGAGAAACCCUUCCUGUGCCACGAGUGUGGGAAACAAUUCUGCCUACGAGAACAUCUCAUUAGACAUCAGAGGAUCCACACUGGGGAGCAGCCCCAUUGCUGUGCUGAGUGUGGGAAAAAAUUCAGUCUCCUUCAAAGUCUCAGGAGACACCAAGGAAUCCAUCGUACGGGGGGACCCCAUCGAUGCGAUGAGUGUGGGAGAAUAUUCGGUCAUCCAGAAAGUCUCACUCUGCACCAAAGAAUCCACACCGGGGAAAGACUCCAUCACUGUGGUGAAUGCGGGAAAAAGUUUGUCCGUCUAGUACAACUCAGAGUCCACCAAAGAAUCCAUACUGGGGAGAGACCCUAUUACUGCACUGAGUGCGGGAAAAGAUUCACCCAAUCGUCAGGCCUUAUCAACCACCAGAGAAUCCAUUCAGGAGAGCGACCCUAUCCCUGCACUCAAUGCGGGAAGGUCUUUGCUCACUCAUCGUCUCUUACCAAACAUCAGAAAAUCCAUUUGGAAAAGAAGCCAUACUCCUGCGCUCGGUGUGGGAAGCGGUUUGCUCGCUCAUCAUCUCUUACUAAACACCGGAGAACCCACUCAGGAGAGCGACCAUAUUCGUGCACUCAGUGUGGGAAGCGCUUUGCUCGCUCAUCAUCUCUCACUAAACACCAGAGCACCCACUGAGGAUAGAGACUCCUGACCCUUGUGUUUGAUUGGAGAAACCUCUUCAAUCUCUCAUUUCACUCUUUUCCCAAAGCCUGUAAAAGAGGGAACCUGCUCCCACUCUGAACUGCUCCCACCUCCUCACUAACCAGAGAUUAGGUUCAGUGCUGGGUUUGUUAAAAUAAUUUGUGUGGCCCUGGAGAUGGGAGAAUUUCACCCUAGAGGCGCCUAAACAAUCAUUGUGGAUUGCAGCUGGGACAGGGAUGACUGGAGUCAGGACUGCGCUUUACAGGCUCUGGUUUCUCCCAGGCCAUUCACUCACUGCGGCUCCCAUCCUCUCAGGCUCCUUGAAAAAUGGACAAAGAUUCUGGCACAGACUGAAAAGGAACUUUUUUCUCCUGCAUUAAUGAAAGGCAGCGACAUCCCCCGCAUGUCCUGAAUCAAAAGGAAGGGCAUUUUGAUUUGGCUUUGAGAUAAAAUUAUGAAGCAAGCUGUUGUAAUAGUUGGCUGUAUGCAUAAUGCAGCCAGGGCCCUGUCUUCACACCUAAUUACCAGGCAAGCAAUACCAGCUAGGACCGGAAGAUUGGAGACUGGAGUUUCUGGGUCACACCAAUGAUAAUACGGCUAAAGUCAAGACACCCCUUUUCUGAAAUAGUUGAACCUGUCAGACAGUACACGAGACACAACAUUUCUUAGAAACAGCGGCAACAGUUGGUGUGGGACUGUAUUUUAUUUUGAUGAUGCACUUCUUGAUGGAUAGACAAGUCAGAUUUGCAUCCCCUAGUCCAGUCGUUCUCAACCAGAGGUAUGUGUACCCCUGGGGGUACACAGAGGUCUUCCAGGGGGUACAUCUUCUCAUCUAGAUAUUUGCCUAGUUUUACAGCAGGCUACAUAAAAAGCACUAGGAAAGUUACAAACUAAAAUUUCAUACAGACAAUGACUUGUUUAUAUUGCUCUAUAUACUAUACACUGACAUGUAAGUACAAUAUUUAUAUUCCAUUUGAUUUAUUUUGUAAUUAUAUGAUAAAAAUGAGAAAGUAAGCAAUUUUUCAGUAAUAGUGUGCUGUGACACUUUUUUGUAUUUUUAUGUCUGGUUUUGUAAGCAAGUAUUUUUUAAGUGAGGUGAAACUUGGGGUAUGCAAGACAAAUCUGACUACUGAAAGGGGUACAAUAUUCUGGAAAAGUUGACAACCACUGCCCUAGUCUCUGAAUCAGCUCUCACAUGCUCCUUGGAAUAACCAUAUAAAAUGAAAGAUCCUUCUUUAUUACAACAGGAUACAUUGUGGUGACAGGUGGUUUAACUUACAUCUUUAUCCGCUGCGGCUUCUUGACCUCCCCAUCCUGUUCCUGUGGGGCUCAAGUACAGACAGUAUGCUGUUUGGUUAUGGAUUGCCUUCUUUAUCAUCUUGAUGGUAGAUGCAUGCACUUGAUGUCUCUGGAUGCUGCUGCCAUGAUAGCGUGACCACAUCACUUACCCAACAUCUAAUUCAUUGUUUGUGCCAUCAGAAGCCAUAUGCCAGAAAAAAGGCAAGGGCAGGGAUGAGGGAUUGAUAUAGUAGAAGCUUCAGAGAGCUGCUUCCUGUUAUAAUGGUUUGUUUUCUGAAUAAUUUGAGUUUGUGUCCCUGGAAGAGGAAGUGGCACUUUAAGUCCACUAACACUGAGAUGUACCUGGAUCUCAACCCUGACACGUAAUGUCAAGGAGUGAGGGAAAUUAUCUCUGAGCCCCUUUGCUCUACUUUCCAGGCUGGGACUUGUUUGCUGCUAGUUGUAGGUGUUUUCAAUAAACAACUUGUGGAGUUGCAGUCCCAGCCCAGAGUGUGACAUCGGUGUGAAACAGCCAGGGUUCAUAGAGCAGGGACAGAGAUGGGAUCCUGCGUGGGAACAGACAGCUCAGAGAGCACUGUUUGAGGAGAGAGAGAGAGUCUUAAACAGAGAGGGAGAGAAACUAGUCCCGGCAACGUUCACAGAUGAAACUGAGCAGCAGCACAGGGCCAGUGUCUCCUCGUUCCUCCAACUGGGGAAAUCCGUGGCCAUGCCUCUCUUUCGGAGGGUGACGAUGAGAUGCAACUUUAUCUCACUGUUGUGUCAUCGUUCCUGGAGGGAAUAAAAUAAUACAAUAGAAUUAUGAGUCUGAAAUGGCUGCCUCCCAUGUGUGUAAGUGAAGCCCUGCAAUCUUCCCUGCACUGCUGAAUUUGCCAUGUUCCAGUCACUCUUGGGAGAUGAUGUUGGGGAAAAGCAGCCAUCUUGCCUUUCUUUUUGGAGCUGGUUAUGCCAGCUGCAGUUCAGCUCAGUUGUAAUCUGCUUUAAAUCAUUAUCUGCACUCUAAAAAUGGGGGUGGUAGAGCACUGAAUUAGUUAAAAUCUCCCAGAAUACGCUGUGCUUAUGCUAAGCUUUAGUGUGCAAAUUUACUAGUUGUUAAAUUGUUCUAACCUUUGUUCAUUGUAUAUGCAGAAUCUGUCAGAUGUAAGAUGUAUACUCUGUUAAGGUUUGCCAAAUAUGAACUGUGUGCUAGGUACAGUUAGUGCAAAUGUUUCCUUGAUCUAAUGCUACUUGUGUGCUGUGGUCUACUGCCGGCUAAACUGUUGUGUGCAUAAUUAGAUAAGAAAAGGUGUGUAAGGUCUGUGGAUUCUGGAAUUUUCUGUCUUCUAAAUGAGGAAAAUACAAAUAUGAGUAAAACUGAACUCAUAGUUUGGAACAGAGUGAAGAUGUAAACUGCUGCAAGACAGUUCUCCAGAUUGGGUAUGUACUGACCUUCCUGUAUUACACUGAUUUUACUUCCAAUCAAUAAAUCGGUUGAGUUUGGUUAUCUGA